AUGUAACAUAAUAUAAUAUUCAAACUUGGCUACUACGUUAUAAAACAAGAAUUUGAUAGGUAUUGUCCAAGUGAUAGAUGCUUCUCAGAUGCAACGCACCUUAGAAUAUUGUAAUCGUUAAUGUUGACCCGCAAGCAUUGCCAAUUUGGCAUUUGGUAUGGUGCAAAGAGUAGGUUGAGUACAUUACCAGCUCCUUUUUGCCUAUAUAAAGCAUGAAAAUUAGAUUGAACAUUUAACGGAUAGCAAUUAUGGCAGUAGAUUCAGCUUCAGCUUCAGCUGUUGAGGGAGAUAAGUAUCGUUCUUACUUGCAUGGAGAAGGAGAGAAGAACACCAAAUGGAGAUUUGGGGGUCCUCCAAACUAUGAUAUUGUUAACAAACUCUUUGAAGAAGGCAGAACUAAGGUAUGGCCUCCUGGUUCAGUAGAAGAGAAAGUGCAGAACCUAGUGAAGACAUGGGAAAUGGAGGUUUUCAACAAGACCUGCUUUGAUGAUUAUAAGUCAAUCGAUCCAAAAAAGUAUACUUUCAGCCUAAAUGGAAGGAAACCUAUAACUUUGGAAGAGAAGAGGAAGCUUGGCGGAGGCUACAACACCUUUAUGCAGACCUCCUUGCCGGUGAAGUUCCGGGCCUAUGAUCCUGAAAAGGAAACUGUGGAGUCAGCUCAUGUGGCUUUUACAACAGCAUUCCCUAGGGGGUUUGCUUUGGAGAUUCUCCAAGUUUAUUCAGGGCCACCUGUGAUUGUAUACAAGUUCAGGCACUGGGCUUACAUGGAAGGUCCUUUCAAGGGCUAUGCUCCCACAGGAGAAUUGGUAGAACUCUUUGGGAUGGCUAUUUUUGAGGUGGAUGAACACAUGAAAAUUGUGAAGGUAGAGUUCUUUAUGAACGGUGGAGAACUGCUUGGAAGUCUUAUGAAGGGUGCUUCCUUGGAUGACUCAACCAUAGAUUCAACUUCAAGCUGCCCUUUCUUGAAGGGCACAGGGUAGCUUAAAAACAGAACUUGAGCUAGAGGCAACCUGAAAGAAUGAUGCUUGCCCCAAUAGGCAUAUAUGCUAGAGCUCAUGUUCUUUUCUAUAUGGAUAUUAUUAUAUUUGACUUGCUUGUUUCUUUGUAAUAAAUUUCUUUAUUGUGUUCA